AUGAUGAAAAUGAAAACAAAAAAUAUAACACAUGUUUCAGAAUUCUAUCUUCUGAGAGUCUCUGAUGAUCCAGAACUGCAACCCUUUCUAUGGGGGUUGUUCCUGUUCAUGUACCUGAUAUCAGUCCUUGGGAACCUGCUCAUCAUCCUGACCGUCAGCUCUGACUCCCAUCUCCACACUCCUAUGUAUUUCUUCCUCUCUAUUCUGUCCUUGGCUGACACUGGCUUCAUUUCUACCACAGUCCCCAACAUGGUUGCAGACCUUCAAAUCCACAGUACAGCCAUAUCCUAUGUGGGAUGUCUGACUCAGAUGUCUUUUUUUGUCAUUUUUGCAUGUAUGGAUAGUAUGCUUCUGACUGUAAUGGCGUAUGACAGGUUUGUUGCCAUCUGUCACCCUUUGUAUUACACAGUAAUUAUGAACCCUUGUCGCUGUGGCAUCUUAGUUUUAGUAUCUUUUUCAGCUAGCCUUUUUGAAUCUCUGCUUUACAAUUUUAUUGCCUUACAACUUAAAUGUUUCAAAGAUGUGGAAAUCCCUAAUUUCUUCUGCCACCCUUCUCAACUUCUAAGCUUAGCAUGCAGCAGCACACUUGAUAAUAGCAUACUCAUGUAUGUUAUUGGUGUUAUACUUGGUGUUUUUCCCUUAUCAGGGAUCCUUAUCUCAUACUUUAAAAUCAUUUCUUCUAUUCUGAGAAUCACCUCUGCAGGUGGGAGGUGUAAAGCCUUCUCCACCUGUGGAUCUCACCUAACAGUGGUGUGCUUAUUUUAUGGAACAGGGCUUGGAGAGUAUUUUGCUUCAGUUUUGUCUGACUUUUCUGGAAACAAUGUGGUGGCCUCAUUAAUGUACACUGUGGUCACACCCAUGCUAAACCCUUUCAUCUACAGUUUGAGGAAUCAGGACAUUAGCAGAUCUCUAAAAAGGCUCCACUUUUGUGUCACUUAA